AUGAAUAAUCAAUCAGUUAGUAAAGAUGCUGCUAGAAAAUGUAAAAAAAAAGAAAAUGAGACAGUUGAACAACAUAAUGUGCAUCUUGCUAAGAAACAAGAGCAAAAGCACCAAAAAAGAUCAAAAGAAACUUCUGAAGAAUCCGCAAAUCAAAGGACGAAUCAAAAUUCUGAUCAACAGCAAAGUUUUCAACAAUCCACUAUAACUGAAUUCGAUGCAACUGAACUUGACAUGUAUGAAAGUAAUGAAAUUGAGCUUAAUGCAACUGAACUUA